AUGUUGGCCCAGCGUCUAUCCGACCUGAAUGCAGUUCAGGAGAGGAGUUCUGCCAGAAAGCCAGGGACACUGAAGAGCAACACCUUGCCAUCAGAGAUAGGGUUCGAAGAAGCUGCUGGAGUACUGGAGGAGUCUCUGCCCGCUAUACACAGCAAUGAGAGGAUUACACUGAUUGGAGAGAGACUGGAGCGUCUGUGUAGUCACCUGCAGGCCUCAAUGGCUCUUCAAGGCCUCACCCCACGAAUACAGGAGCAGCUACAGGACAACAAGCACACAUUGUCUGAGCUCUCAAAAAUGGAUCUGGACCUUGGCAGUGUGAGGACACAGGCUCAGGAGCUCCUGACCAACACAGGGGCUCUUGGGGACAGUUCCAUUUGCACAGCUAUUAAAGACCGGGUUUGCAGUCUAACAAGCCGCUGGGAGGAGGCUCAAAGGCAAGCUCAGGAGAGGGAGAAGUGGCUUCUCAAUCUUCUAGAUUUGGCAGUCAGGUUCUGGAAUGAUGUGAGUGACAUGACAUCUGGACUUAAUGACGCCCAGCAAGCUGUUCUGGACCUCAACUCUAGUCGAUCAGAUUCAGAGACCAUUCGACAGAGCUUGGAGACCAUGCAGACAUUGAGGGAGGAUAUUGAUUCUCUGCAAGGUGACCUGGACACACUAGGAAUUCUGGGAAUGGAACUCAUGUCAGCUUGUGGUGACACAGACAAGCCAGAGGUCACCAAAUGUUUGGAUGAGCUUUAUGGCACAUGGAACAAUCUCAGUAAGAUUUGGACAGAGUGCAACAGUAAGUUAGAAGAAUGUCUACGAGUGGCGCUCCAUUAUAAGGACAGUAUGCAGGGACUCUUUGAGUGGCUGAAGUCUGCAGAGCUGAAAUCCACCAAGGAGUUCUCAGUGGGAUCUGACCUGGGAUCAGUUAAAGAGCAGCUAUGUGACCUGAAGGAAUUUAAGCGAGAGCUCUAUCAGAAGAAGAUCGAGAUUGAAAGUCUCAACCAUCGCUUUGUGUGCCGUCUUUCCCGGGCACUGGGCGGCCUGGGUCCAUUUCUCCACUGUGUGACUUCGGCAGCGAUGGGACAAUCUGGACACCAGCUGGAGUGUACACUGCUGAGCUUGGGUCAGUUCCAGAACACUCUUGAUGAGCUGCACGCCUGGCUCGCCCACACGGCUGACCUACUGCAGGCCUCUCAGCCAAUCAGCAUUGACCUGCAAACCUGUGAGAUAGAGCUAGCCAAGCACAAAGCAGUAGACUCUCUGAACCAGGCCGGCAGAAACCUGAUGGAGUCUGGGGCAGGAGACAGCUCACAUGUCCUGCAGACUCGUCUGGAACAGCUGAGCGAACACUGGGAAUUUGUGCGCUGUGAGACAGGCGCGCAGACAGCUAGAGCUGGAGAAUAA